CCUCGUUCUCUGCACCUUGUAUACACCCCACAUCCCCUUGAAGAGACCAUCUGUGACGAAGAAGGAUCGAGCAUCUUGCGUGAACAUUCAGAAUUAUGUCGUUGAGUCGGACAACCAAAGCUCAAGUCAUAUACACUAUAUAGGAUAUUUACCUCCUGCACGCCUCGAGUGACUUCUUCGCGAAUCAUGUCGACCUCGACUGUGCCUAAUCGGGGCCUGGUGGUCUUCUCCGGAGGAAGUGCCGCCAACAAUUUAGUGGACGUCUUCAACUCGGUGCGCGAGACCAAAGACUGUCCACUGAGUUAUAUCAUCCCCAUCAGCGACAAUGGUGGCUCUUCCUCCGAGCUGAUCCGGAUCUUUGGUGGUCCUGGAAUUGGUGAUGUGCGCAGUAGACUGGUGCGGUUGAUCCCAGAAUCGCCGCCUUACUCCGAGCGUGCUGCCAUCAAGACCCUCUUCAACCACCGACUGCCAGCAGACGCGGUCCAGGCCCAUACAGAGUGGCACUCCAUCGUCGAUGGCACGUCCGAGAUCUGGAAGCUAAUCACGCCCGCCAAAAAGGAGCUCAUCCGCUCGUUCUUCAACCUCCUCAAUCUCGAAAUCCUCAAGCGCGCCCGGCCACCAUCAUCCACCUUCGACUUCACCUCCGCCAGUGUCGGCAACCUGUUCCUGACCGGCGCACGGCUCUUCAGCGGCAGCUUCGAGAGCGCAAUUUACCUCCUGGGGAGCAUCUGUGGGGUCCCGUCCGACAUCGUGCGGGUGAUCCCGGCGAUCAACUCCAACUUCUCGCACCACAUCUCCGCCUCGCUGGCAGACCGCACGGUGAUCGUAGGCCAAAACAGCAUCUCGCACCCCAGCGAAGCCAGCGCGCUACGCCCGGGCUCGCGCCGGCCCAGCCUCCUCCUCGCAGACGGCGGCGAAUGCCUCGAGGACGCCGAGGCCGACGACUCGGGCGCCCUCUCAUACGAGGACGACCACCCGCCAGGCUCGCUGCCGACCCUACGCAACAAGAACAUCUCCUUCAGCAAGUCGGACAACGAGGACCUGCCGUCGCGCAUCACUCGCAUCUGGUACAUCAACCCCUACGGCCAGGAGAUCCGGCCGCCGGCCAACCCGCGCGUCAUCGAGGCCCUGCGCGACGCCCAGGCCAUCGUCUACAGCAUCGGCUCCCUGUACACCUCGCUCAUCCCCUCGCUCAUCCUUCGCGGCGUCGGCCACGCCAUCGCCACCGGCCCCGCCCGCCACAAGAUCCUGAUCCUGAACGGCUCCCUCGACCGUGAAACCGGCCCGCCCUCCGCGCCCUUCACCGCCGUCGACUUCGUCGAGGCCAUCACCCGUGCCGGCGAGGAGAGCCGCGGCAGACGCCUGCCGGACCUGGUUCCGCCCGCGACGGACGCCGCCCAGUCGGAUCCCCCGGCGCUUGCACUGCCGUAUACCGCCUACGUGACGCAUGUCCUCCAUCUCGAAGGGCCAGGGACCCCCGCGGUGGAUAAAUACCGGCUCGCGGAAAUGGGCAUCGAGACGCUCAGGCUCUAUGGUCGUAAGAUCACGACCACGGGCGUGGACGGGGAGGAGGUUGCCGUGGGCAUGAAGUAUGACUCAACUGCGUUGAUCCAGGCCCUGGAGGUGGUUCUAGGGAGGAAAGGGGACGCCAUGUUGCGAGGCGGGGAGGGCAAUGGUCUAAGUAGGAGGAAUACACUAGAUCCAGGGAGGAAGAAGGCGUGA